AUGAUGACUAAUAACCGAAGUUUUGAUCAAUAUGUUUCGAAUAUAUGGAGCGAAAUUUUUGGGGAAGACCUGAUAAGGGAACUGGAGCCCGAAGGAUGGCAAGGAUACGGUGCAAGAAAGUGGGCCAAAGGCAGAGAAAAAGUUGGCGGAUACGCAAAUACAGGCCUCAAAUGGCUUAGGAACAACGAUAAAGUUAAUAGAGUGUUGAAUUCUAACGCGGUGAAGACAGUCACAGGAUACGGGCAGCAAGCGAUCGAAAAAACAAAAGAAGGUCUCAAUAGGUGGCGCCACAGUUCAGACGACGAAUCAUCAGGUCAAGAGGAGGAACGUGAUAGCAGACGUAAACGAAGACAUCGAGAUCAUGGCAAACAUCGAGAUCAUGGCAAACAUCGCCACCAUCACCACCAUCAUCACAGAGAGGGAAAAAUGAAACCAGAGGAUUAUCAAGGAGCGUGCGUCAAGCACUGUGCGAACAUUUACGGCUUUUUGUUCGAAUCUUAUUCGGAGGACGGAGUCCCGAGAUUCUCCAACGGAGGCAUUUUUCCCAUCACCCGGGGCAAGGCUGAAUUGAAGGAGUAUGUCAAAGAAAAUGGCCGAGAGCGGCGCUCUACUUAUGUGUGCGAUUGUAAGCCGACGAGGGAUUUCGAAUUAAUGGUCAAAACAGCGUAUCCGGACGUAGAGAACUUAUUCGAUAACUUCAUAAAGCAGCAACACUCCGAUCCCGCCGGAGCGACUCGUUCCGCGGCUCGAAUUUUUGAAAAAUUGAACUGGGAUUGGAAGGCGUUACAAAAGGAGGAGGGAAUUCAGAAGCCGUUCAAUAGAUAUUUCUAUACUGAUCAUAGGCAUCUGCUCCAGUUGAUAUUUCAGGAAAUGGUACAAUUUACAGAGGUUAAAGCGCAAAAAACGGAGGAGGCAAAGCAGAGGGAGAGGUCCGCGCGUCAUCGUCAAGACCCUCGAGCGGAUAGAGCGACGACCGGCGGAGCAGCCUAGGGACAGUGAUGAACACACAGUUAAAAAUUCCAGUGUUUUUGGUUAUUUCUUUUGGUCGGAGCUACCGAAGCGAUUUGCUCAAUCAACCGGCUUUCCGGUUAGAUCAACUGAAACGUUCGGUUGGUCUAACGGAAAUUUUAUGUUACUUUGAGAUUUAUCUUAAUCGGGGGGUUGGUUCGCGGAGCGGUUAGGGGGCGUGCCCCUUGUCAGGUUGAAAAAAGUGUGCUCACGUGCUCCUCACUUAAGGCCUAGAUACACACGGCGAUCAU